AUGUUCUAUGAAGGUGUUCGAAAUGGCACUGUUGAUAACACGAAAGCCGCUCAACACUUCCUGAAUGAAUUACAAACACGGCUUAAUGGUGUCGAAAAGGAUCUUGAAUGGCAUAGAAAUCAUGUUGAAAACUUGGAGAUUGCAACAAUAUCUGUUGCCUGGAUACCGAUUGCGGGCUGGAUUGCAGGAGGGAGGAAUGUUAACAGCUGUGCCGGACACCGGAAUACUGGUUCCAUGAAAUCCCCGGAAGAUCCUGGAACUAGUCAAUUCCGGGCCGGAUUCUUCGACGUGGGUAACAUCUGCAAUAUGCAAAUAUUCUUCAGAAAGGAACAACUACAUCGAAUGAUAUUUUGUGGUGUUGUCGCGGCUCAAUCCGUAUGGGAUAUGUUUGUCAACAAAAAAAAAUUGAAAUUAUAUUCUCUCCUAUACAUCAUCACAAUACUGCUCGCUCUCCUUGUGAUUGUGGUGUCAUACAUUAUGCUCAAAUGCAAUGUUGAUGAAGUAUCUCAAAGACAAAUGAGUGAAGACUGUGAACGAUCAAGCCCAACUCAACAACAACAACAACAUCCACCGUUGAUCGAAGAGACGACAGUUUGA